AUGAACUCUACAUCCCUUCCUUUAAGGGCACCUGCAUCCUCAAUAAUAUCAAGGCCCGGAUAUGUAAUGGGGUACCCACACUCCUUUAAAGAGCAGGAGAUGCCAAUGGGUGGGGUUUUGAAUCCCCAGGUUCCAAUACCUGUUCCCAGUGAAAACUCAAAUUUCAAUUUUGAUUUUGGAAGAGGACAGAGAAUGGCAUCCGUACCGAGCAUGUCAACCCCACUGAAUGCCUUCCAGACCACAAAUAGCCAUGUGAAUAAGUCUGAUAGAUUAGGCUUCGCCGCAAAGUCUAUGACAUCUUCUUUUAAUGCUCCCACUGUUCCUCAAAGGCUACCAUCUCUUUCUCAAAUGCCAUAUCCGAGUAUGAAUAUUCCCUUUCACACCGAGCACUACUUCAACUCUAUUAAUGCCCAUCCAGGUUUUCUGCAUUCUGGACCUAAACCAGGAGUCCAAGGAAUGGUAAGAAAUAAUGUAUUUCAGAAUCAAAAGCAUUAUCCAAUGCAACCUCAGGUAAUGCCUCCACAGUACAUGAUGCAACAAUAUCCUUUUCAGUUUCAAAGUCAGCAAAGUCAGUUUGGAACAUCCAAUGAAAGACAAAUGGGAUUUGCUGGCAACAAUGUGGGUUUUAACCAUUCUAUCCCAAACCAGUUCUCUAUUUCUAAGCAAAUCCCGAUUAAUCCCACCAACUCCCAUAUGUUAGAACAUAAUAUAAUGCGUAUGAAUACCUAUAGUGCCGGCAUACAACCCCAAAUAAUGCAUCCCAACUCAUUCCAGAACAAUAGAGGGAUACAGAUUGCUAAUAGGAGCCAAGAAUUCUCCCAGAAAUUUGUUCCUGAUACCAGAGGAAACGAACAAACUUUGGUUGGGAAUUUCUUUCCAACUCAGAAUCUACCUCUCCCAGUAACUGGAGGGGUAACCAUCAAAGGAUAUAAGCCAACUGUAGUCACUGAGAAUCAGGACAAGUCAUUGAUCAUUGAUCUCGGCCCAAAUGCGUCUGCAUAUGCUGUUUUUGAUGGCCAUGGACCUCAUGGAGACGUUGUCGCUGACUUUGUAUCGAACAAAUUUACCUCUUCAAUAACACAACUUUUGUCUUCCUAUGUUGGAAACCUUUCUAAUACUGGUACUCCCACAAGACAGCAAAUUAAAAACUUCUUUAUAGUGCUCUUCCAUAACAUGGAUCUUCAGCUCUCUGAAUUAAGAUACGGAAUUUCAAUGUGGAGUGGAUGCACUGCAGCUGUCUGUAUCCGAAUUUAUAGCGAAGUUCACAUUGCGUGGGUGGGAGACUCCAGAGUUGUGAUAUACAAGUUCUCAAAACCUGCUGGAAAAGUUCAAGGCUCUAUGGAGAUUGAUUCUUCUUCAGUCGACUCCUGUGAGCCUUCUGUUUCGUGGUGGACAACCUCGGACCAUGUACCGAAUAGACCAGAUGAACUCAGCAGAAUCACUGACUGUGGAGCUUCUAUUACUGUUUAUUCUACGCCCUGGCUAAACAAAUCUACAACUAGAAUUCGUGAACAUGGGAUUGCCAUGAGCAGAUCCUUUGGAGAUAAGGCAGGAUCUCAGUUUGGAGUUAUUUGCAAACCAGAUAUGGCCAGCAUUAAGCUUCAAUCAAACGAUAGUUCUGGAGAAUAUGAAGAUAAGUGGGCCAUUGUAGUUGCAUCAGAUGGUAUUUGGGACUCGCUUUCCGAGGAAGAAGUUGGGUACAAGAUAAUGAAGGAACUUAUUUGGAGAGAGCCUGAGCUGUCCGUAGAACACUGUUCUCCCCAAAACCAGAACCAACUCCCUACACAAGAGGAAGUAACUAGACUUGCAAGCUCCCUUUCUUCUGAAGCUUGGAGCUUUAGGGCAUCUGUGGAGAACUAUAGCGACGAUACUACCUUGAUCAUUUCUAUAAUAUGA